AUGAAUGCUCCACACGGGGAAAUCGAGGCUUCGUUCUCCAGUGCGAUUACGCCCCCCGAGUGGAGACGUCCGGUCGUUCUGGGAUUGGAGGCGUUCGUGGCGGUUGGGAAGAGAGGGGUAGAUAGUAAUCGUGGUGGUCGUGGUGGCCUCCUGGUCUUGCCCGCCGCUCCUGCACCCCCAUGGCGCCCCGAUUGGCGCCGGUUCCCACUUGCCCGCCCCCGCGCCCGGCUCCCUGCGCCCGAUGGUUGUGUUGCCGCCUGA